CCUGACGUUCCUGGUGCGUAACCUCCCUUUUGCGCGCGGUGGCUUCUGGGUGACGCGGCUGGCGGCCUGGUGUGGUGCUGUAGUGUGCGCGGCUCGGAGUGUUACCGUCUUCUCGGCUCCGGUUUCCAGUCUGUCGGUAUAAUGGCGAGCGCAGCAACCGCGGUAGCAGGCGGCGUGACCAGCGCGUCCAGCCGUAAGCGGCUCAUGAGGGAAGAAGACAUGACGAAAGUGGAGUUUGAGACCAGCGAGGAAGUGGACGUGACCCCCACCUUCGAUACCAUGGGGCUGCGGGAGGAUUUGCUCCGAGGCAUCUAUGCGUAUGGGUUUGAGAAGCCGUCAGCUAUCCAACAGAGGGCGAUCAAACAGAUCAUUAAAGGAAGAGAUGUAAUAGCACAAUCACAGUCUGGUACCGGCAAAACAGCUACUUUUUGCGUGUCUGUCCUGCAGUGUCUGGAUAUUCAGGUCCGGGAAACACAAGCUUUGAUUUUAGCUCCGACCAGAGAAUUGGCUGGACAGAUUCAGAAGGUUCUUCUUGCUUUGGGUGACUACAUGAACGUGCAGUGUCAUUCAUGCAUUGGGGGAACAAAUGUAGGAGAAGAUAUCAGGAAACUAGAUUAUGGGCAGCAUGUUGUUUCAGGCACACCAGGCAGAGUCUUUGAUAUGAUCCGCCGAAGAAGCUUAAGAACGCGGGCUAUUAAAAUGCUUGUUCUGGAUGAAGCUGAUGAGAUGCUUAACAAAGGUUUCAAAGAACAGAUUUAUGAUGUGUACAGGUAUCUACCACCUGCUACACAGGUGUGUCUGAUCAGUGCCACACUUCCUCAUGAAAUCCUGGAAAUGACCAAUAAGUUCAUGACCGAUCCCAUCCGUAUCCUGGUGAAACGUGAUGAGUUGACGCUGGAAGGCAUUAAGCAGUUUUUUGUAGCAGUGGAGCGGGAAGAAUGGAAAUUUGAUACUUUGUGUGAUUUAUAUGACACCCUCACCAUAACACAAGCUGUGAUCUUCUGCAACACAAAAAGAAAGGUUGAUUGGUUAACAGAGAAAAUGAGGGAGGCCAACUUCACAGUGUCUUCAAUGCAUGGUGACAUGCCUCAGAAAGAGAGGGAGUCUAUUAUGAAAGAAUUCCGAUCUGGUGCCAGUCGAGUACUGAUUUCCACUGAUGUCUGGGCAAGAGGUUUGGAUGUCCCACAAGUUUCCCUUAUCAUUAACUACGAUCUUCCUAACAACAGAGAGUUGUAUAUCCACAGAAUUGGUCGUUCAGGACGUUAUGGAAGGAAAGGUGUUGCAAUUAACUUUGUAAAGAAUGAUGACAUCCGUAUCUUACGAGACAUUGAGCAGUACUACUCUACUCAGAUUGAUGAAAUGCCCAUGAAUGUUGCUGAUUUGAUUUGAAGAUGAGAAUUUCUGUAUAGAUGGAUUAUAUGGAUCGAUUGACCAACAUGUUUUUAUUUUUGGCGAUUUCAUUUGUAGAGCAGAUUUUACUGUUGUGAUCUUUUUACCUUUUAUUUAACGCUUAAAGUUCAAUGAGUCAGGCAUCCCAUUGUAAACAACUGUAAAUACAUUUGGUGAAUUUUCAAUAAAAAAAAUACAAAGCCCUUCUUUGGUUUGGUGAUUGUCAGUAACGUUUUGCCAAUAUUUUGUUUGAUAUUAAACACAAUUCCGGCUA